AAAGCACGACGAUGGGCACAAAAACAAUCUUCAACAUCGAACAAGAGAAGGCGCUGAUAAGCUACAUUCUCCAGGCCAGCGACAUCAACUAUGGAAUUAGUUUGAUGGAGCUUCGUAAGCUCGCGUAUGAAUUUGCUCGGAAAGUUGGCGCGUCGUAUCCGGAUCCAUGGAACGACAAUCAACAGGCGAGUAAGGAUUGGCAGUUGGCGUUCAUGAAACGCCACAAAAAUUUGUCACUGCGAACACCAGAGCAAAUCAGCCAGAGCCGUGCGAAGCGAUUCAACAAAGAGAAUGUCGAUGCAUUCUUUGCCAACCUUUCAUCCGUUCUCGGUAAGACGCCGUUUGAACCUCACCGAAAAUGGAACAUGUAA